UUAUUUUAUCCAAACAACUUCCUCUUUUAACCCCCAUUUCUCAAUUCCUUGCCUUCUUGAUUCAUCAAUCAAUCACUCAAUUCUGAAAAAACAUAUCAUUUUCUCAAACAAUCACAAUAAAUUAAAAUAAUAAUAAUGUCAAUCAUGUACAGUGGCGGCUGUUCCGUUCCGUCAUUCUCUUCAAUCUCUGUUUCCAAUUCAUCUCGUCAACGCCUUCCUAAUCGCAUCAUCUGCUCAGCAGGAGCAAGUGUUGCGGAACGAAAAGCGGUGAAUACGUCUGAACCACUGUUGCUGAAUGCGGUUAGAGGUAAAGAUGUCGAAAGACCUCCUGUUUGGCUUAUGCGACAAGCUGGCAGGUACAUGAAGAGUUAUCAAACCUUGUGUGAGAAGCAUCCGUCCUUUCGUGAAAGGUCUGAGAACGUUGAUCUUGUUGUAGAGAUUUCUUUACAGCCCUGGAAAGUAUUCAAGCCUGAUGGGGUUAUUUUGUUUUCAGACAUUCUUACACCUCUACCGGGAAUGAAUAUACCCUUUGACAUUGUCAAAGGUAAGGGUCCCAUAAUAUUUGAUCCUGUGAGCUCGGCUGCUGAUGUUGAUAAAGUGACGGAAUUCACUCCUGAAGAAUGGGUUCCAUAUGUUGGGGAGGCUCUCACAAUUUUGAGAAAAGAGGUAAAUAAUGAAGCUGCAGUCCUUGGUUUUGUUGGAGCUCCAUUUACCCUUGCAUCAUAUGUUGUUGAAGGUGGAUCAUCAAAGCACUUCUCCAAAAUAAAGAGGCUAGCUUUCUCACAGCCGAAGGUUCUCCAUGCAUUGCUUCAAAAAUUCACAACCUCAAUGGCCAAGUACAUUCAAUACCAAGCUGACAAUGGUGCACAAGCAGUUCAAAUUUUUGACUCAUGGGCAACUGAGCUCAGCCCAGCUGAUUUUGAAGAGUUUAGUCUCCCUUACUUAAAGCAGAUUGUGGACACAGUAAAACAAACUCACCCGAAUCUCCCAUUGAUACUUUAUGCAAGUGGGUCAGGUGGGUUGCUUGAGAGGCUACCAUUGACUGGGGUUGAUGUGGUGAGCUUGGAUUGGACCGUGGAUAUGGCUGAAGGCAGGAAGCGUUUGGGGACUGAUAUAGCCGUCCAGGGGAAUGUGGACCCAGGCGUGCUAUUUGGAUCAAAAGAUUUCAUCACCAAUAGGAUAAAUGAUACCGUGAAGAAAGCAGGAAAAGGUAAGCACAUUCUUAAUCUUGGUCAUGGUAUCGUUGUAGGUACUCCAGAAGAAAAUGUUGCUCAUUUUUUUGAGGUUGCCAAAGGACUUAGGUACUAAAAACAGAGUGUUUUGUGUAGAAGACUAAAAUUCAUUGUAUAACUCUACUUGUAUGUUUUAGUUUUGGGUCUCCCACGAAGUUAUAAUAUCUGUCAAAUUUUCAACUA